CUCGCCACCGGCGGGAAGUGGAGCAAUGGCGGCGCCCGGGACCUGGGCGGUGGCGCCGCUCGCGGCCUCCGUCACCCUCCUCAAGUGUCUGCUCAUCCCCUCCUAUCAUUCAACAGACUUUGAAGUGCACAGAAACUGGCUGGCAAUUACUCACAGUUUGCCUAUUUCACAGUGGUACUAUGAAGCAACUUCAGAAUGGACUUUGGACUACCCACCGUUUUUUGCGUGGUUUGAAUACAUGCUCUCCUUCGUUGCACAAUAUUUUGACAAGGAGAUGUUGGUUGUCAAGAAUCUUAACUAUGCCAGUCCCGCAACAGUGUUAUUUCAGCGGCUUUCAGUCAUCUGCACAGAUAUACUGUUCAUCUACGGCGUGAAAGAGUGUUGUAAGUGUGUAAGUGGAUCGAAAAAAACAAAGGGAAUAUUAGAGAGACCAGCUUUCGUACUCGCAGUGCUGCUACUAUGGAAUUUUGGACUGCUGAUCAUCGAUCAUAUUCAUUUUCAGUACAACGGCUUCUUGUUCGGUUUGAUGCUUCUUUCUGUUGCCAGGAUGUUUCAGGAAAGGCAUUUAGAAGCUGCUCUCCUCUUUGCAAUCCUCAUGAACUUUAAGCACAUUUUUCUUUAUGUGGCUCCUGCCUACGGCAUCUACCUGCUCCGGUCUUACUGCUUCACGGAUAAUAAACCAGAUGGAUCUGUCCAGUGGAGGAGCUUCAGCUGUUCCCGUCUAUUUGCCUUAGGAUUCAUUGUCUGUUCUGUCUUUGCCGUUUCCUUUGGACCCUUUAUAAUCAUGGGUCACCUGCCUCAGGUGCUUGCCCGACUCUUCCCCUUCAAGCGGGGUCUGUGCCACGCAUAUUGGGCUCCAAAUUUCUGGGCUCUGUACAACGGGGCUGAUAAAGCACUGUCUUUGAUUGGUUUAAGGCUAAAAUUCCUGGAUCCUGAGAAGAUUUCAAAAGCAACAAUGACGGGAGGCUUAGUUCAGGGGUACCAGCACACGGUUUUACCCUCUGUGACACCAUUUGCAACUUUAGUCUGUACGCUGCUCUCUAUAAUGCCGGCUGUCCUGCAUCUAUGGAGAAGCCCGCGAGGAGCCAAAGGCUUCCUACAGUGCCUGAUUCUCUGUGCUUUGGGGUCCUUCCUGUUUGGCUGGCACGUACAUGAAAAGGCCAUCCUCAUGGCUUUAUUGCCUUUGAGUUUGCUUGCUGUCGAAAAUAGAAAGGAUGCUGGGAUAUAUCUUACCUUAGUAACAACUGGACACUUUUCCUUCUUCCCGCUGCUCUUCACAGGCCCAGAAUUGCCUCUCAAAAUAUGCCUCAUGUUGCUGUUCACCGUUUAUAGUUUUUCUGCUCUGCGCUCUUUGUUCAGGAAAGAGGGACCACUUCUGAACUGGCCUGAAUCCAUCUACCUUAUUGGCUUGGUUCCUCUAGAAGUCAUUUGUGAAAUCAUCUAUCCUCUAUCACCCUGGCAGCUGAGCUUCCCCUUUGUGCCACUACUGCUCACCUCUAUGUACUGUGCAAUAGGGGUCACCUACUCUUGGAUUAAGCUGUACAUUUCAAUCCUGACACAGCCAUUAACCAAGAAGAAGAAGAGGCAAUAAUGUCCAUGCUGCUGUGGUAGAAAUACCAGAACUGGACAUUUGCAGUGCUAGUAAUCAACUUGGUUUAAUAAUACAAGAAUCAUGCUACGAUCCACCAUUUGACAAUCAACCCAAACCUCAAACCCACCAGUGAGUUGGGGGUGGCAUGACACCAUUAAAUGCUGGAGUAUUUUGAGUAUCUUUAACAGUAAUGGUACAGCCUUGUGUUCUAUAUUGUUUUUGAUAUUAAUCAAUUUUGACAUUCAGGAUUUCCUCUUACUGUUUAAGAACCUGCCUCCAUUCUGCUGUGUAUUAUAAUGUUUUUAAAAUGUUGUCAAUGCAGUAUGAAAUGACAUAUGCCAAGGAUGUUGGUUUAAAUACCUGCUGUAUUUUGAGGUGUGAGAUUGAGUUGCGGUUCAUCGCAGGAUCCAUGUGGAAAUUGAUUCUGAAAGUGUGAAUUUUCACCGGACGAGAUGCUUCUUCAAAAGUGUAUCAGCUUUGCAAUAUUGCAGUGCGAUGAUAAAACAACAGUAGUAGAAUUCCCUGAAUCGCCAGAUUUUUCAUAUUCGUCUAUUCCCCCAAAAUAUGGUAAAGAUAUUUACAUUCAGUUUUAGGGACCAAAAUGAAUUCAUUCAUCAAGAACGCAGAUUCUGUGUAUGUUUACACGAAUGUAUCUCAUUUUGAAUUAUAAUCAUAACAGUGAAAAUUAUGGUUGGUGGAAAAAUAUUUUUUUAAUGUAAUGAUGGGCAAUGGAAGUAAUGUGAUUUCCUGAACAACUAAGGAUUAUGUGGAAACCUGGAACCUGUUUUUAUAUAAUCAAAGUAAAUAAAAAGUUUGCAUUUC